AUGAUUACUGUCACAAAAACAGAAACAACAAAAACACUUGUUCUUAAAUUAAUAAAAAGUAAAGUAAAAAAGGUAACAUUUAGUAAAGAAACAAUAGAUAAUGAACAUCUUAAUAAAAAAAAGAGUAAAAUUUGCUGUAUUUUUCAUUCUAAAAAUGAAAAUAAAGAUAGAAAUAAAUAUGAAAGAAAUUAA